AUGGCAAGUGUGCAUAGCGGUGGAUGGGUAGCGCAAUCAGCACUGGUGGUGCUUUCGCUACUCCUGCUUCUUGAGUGUAGGGCGCAAAAUCAGACCAGCACGAAUGCCGCAAUUACAGCUGCAAAGAAUGAAAGCGAGCCUGAAGUACAAAAACCAACGGAAGAACAAAAACCUCCACCGGACGAGCAGAAAGAAGAUGAGGCAGCUAUAGAGGAAGCCGCCCGGGGCGAUGCACCUCCCGGCGAAGCACCGCCGAAAGAAGGGCAAGAGGGCGGAAAAGCACCAGAAGCUGCUGAAGAAGAUACUUCGAGCGCCGAACCUGCAAUGCCACGUGGCUUUUGUCGCAUGCAAGUUGUUAUUGUGCUUAAUGGUACGCACUUGUCGUCUUUCAAAUAA